AUGGCUUCGAAACGCAGUGCGAGAACGUUUGAGGGAGACGGUCACCACGUCACCGAGAACGAGACUCGUUGGGCACACACAAGGACGAAGGAGGAAGACGCAGCGGCCAAGGACACCCUCGAGAAGCGAUCCAACUACAAAACCCUAUCUCGGCGUGGGUCUGACGAAUCUUCUCACCCCCUUGAUACUGCUGUUGAGACGUCCAAGAACAUGACUGGGGUGACAUGCGAGAGCGCGGUGCAGGAUCUUGAGGCCCAAUGCGAACUAUCUCGCUGUGUCCGCCACUCUGCACAUGCCGAUCUCCGCCCAGCCCUGCCCCUUGUACCUACGGACCUGGCUUUCAAGCGGCAUGUACCUGAAAAGGGUCGUCCAGUGAACUUCGGUAUUGUGGUGCCUGGUGUGUACCGCAGCAGCUACCCGAAGCCCGAAGACUUCGGUUUUGUCAAGAACCUCGGUCUUCGCACCAUUGUAACGCUGGGACGAAAGGAUGAACCUGACGAGUUCUAUGCCAACUUUUUGGCUUCAAACUCUAUCCGACAUCACGUCAUUGAAAUGAAGGGGACCAAAAAGCAGAGCAUUCCUCUUAUGACGAUGAGAGACAUCCUGCGAAUCGUUCUAGACAAGCAACAGUAUCCAUUGAUGAUUCACUGCAAUCACGGAAAGCAUCGCACUGGAUGCGUAGUCGCUGUGGUACGGAAGCUGUCAGGCUGGGACGUGAGCAACGUUUUGGAUGAGUACAGGUCCUUUGCGGAGCCAAAGGUACGCGAUUGUGACAUUGCUUACAUCACCAACUUUGCCGUCGACGAUCUUUCAAAUCUCCACGUACACGCCGCCAGUAUGCGAUACAGGGUGCGGAAUUUCUUUCGCGCCACCGUUUUCGCAUUUUGCGUGUUGGUGCUCUGGACGGUCUCGGGCAGCAGAAUUUCAACAUCGGCAAGGAACGUCACACCGCUCAAGUGA